AUGAGCGUCGUCGACGCGCAUGGGAGGCUCAGGGUGUACUCGAGGAGGGACCCGCCCGGGCUGUUCGAGGCUGUCAAGGUCGCGCACGGCCUGUUUGGUGUGCUGUAUGAUGUCACGCUGGCGGUGGAUCGGUAUCCAAGGGUGGUUAAGGUGGAGAACCGCUUCGUGCCGAUGGGCGGUGUGCUGGCGGGGAGGGUCCUGCAGGUGAUGAAGGGGCUGGUGCAAAGGGGAGUGGCUGUGCAGAUGAUGUGGGUACCGUUCAACUCGGCCGGGGAGGGCGCGUGGGGGCCGGAAGGCGAUCUGGUGUGGAUGCGCACCUUGGAGCGCGUCGUUGGUGGGCGAGUAGAGGAUGAUGAAGCCGUCGCAUAUAGGUUUUACACCAUUCCGCAGUGGUUUAGGAUGCACGGCGCGGCGCUUGCUCAGGGGGGCGUGGCCGAGUAUGAGCCGAGGAUGGCGAAAGCGUUUCUGGCACGCGGGUUUAGGGAGAGCAUGUGGAAGCUGGAGGCGAAACCGUUUAGGCAGAAUGUGGCCGACGCCGUGCAGUUUCAGGAUAGCGCGGAAGGAUGGCCGGUCAUGGCGGUGGAGGUUGCGGUCCCGGUCGAUGAGGGGAACGGCAAUUGGGAAGUUGUGCGUGAGUUGUGGAGGGUGGUCACGGAAAAAGUCCAGUCUGCAGAUCGAAGGGGCGAGUAUCCCCUGAAUGUGGGCGUGAGGAUGACGUUUGUGAAGGCGAGUGACGCAUUGCUGGCGGCAAAUUUUGGGAAGGGGAGGAACGCAUAUAGUGCGGUCGUGCAGAUUUGUAGCGCCCUGGGGACGAGGGGGUGGGAGGCAUUUGCGAGGGAGGUGGUGGCCGAGUGGAUGCGGCUACCGGGGGCGAGGUGUCGGCUGUCGAGGGACAUGGCGAAAAUAUGUGAUGCGGAUGUCGUGGCGAAGAGCUUGGGGGAGAGCCUGGAAGAGUUUAAGAGACUGAGACGGAAUGAGGCUGUCGACGAUAUCGGCAUGUUUCUGAAUGAGCCGCUUGCGCAGUUAUUAGGUAUGGAUGAGGAUUGCAGCGAACUGUCGAGCUCUCCGCUGUCGAACAAUGACCCUGGCGGGGCUAUCUUGUCUAGAACGAGCACGGAUCCGAGCACGGAUCCUUCGAUGGGAGAGAAGACGACUGCUGCAGAAAAUAUUGGGAGGGUGGAUUACGGCCAUGAAGGGUUGCUGAGAACGCCCCGCGAUAUCGCAUUCUCACGAACGCCGUCGGCAGCGAGGAGUCAGUCAAGCUCGCCAUGGACCUCGCAUUCCUCUUCAGGCGCGCUUCUUCUGAGCCCCAUGCGCCCGAGCGGAUCGAUAUGGGAAGAGGCAGAGGUGCGCGGCGGGACCAUGAUUUCCGAAGACGCCGUGACUGAGUACAACAUUGAUGACGACGAUGACGCAAGCCUGAUCAGCAUUGAAGACGGGGGCAACAAUCCACCCGUCGUAUACAGGACGUUGUCGUCGCGGCCGAGCAAGGCGGUGAAGUUUAAGUCGCCGCUGACGUCACCGGAGUUCUCCUUGCUUCUAGCGUACAUCGCUCUGUACGUUUUGCUGUGGUUGGCCAUGUUUGGAAAGAUGGCUGUGCGACAACUGGGGUGGUUCCCGGGAGUCCUGGGAUAG